UAAAUAUACCUCAUUAAAUGUAUUAUUUAUUUUCAUUUCCUUCUUUAUCUUUAUCUCUAUCAUUAUCUAUAACGCUUAUACUUAUCCCAAUUUUAUCAUACCAUAUCAUAUCAUAAUUCUAUACUCAUCUUUAUCCUUUCGUCUAUUUACAUAAUAACGGUAACAAUAAUAAUAUUAUAAUAAUAACAACAAUAAUAAUAAUAGAAAGCAAUAAUAACGAUAAAAGUAAAAUUAAUAAUAGAAAGCAAUAAUAACAAUAUAAAUAAUAACAACAAUAACAAUAAUGUGGAAUAAUCAUGGUUAUAAAUCAUCCUCUAAUAAUGAUAACAUAACUCUCUUUCAAUUUAAUCCCUCUCUCAAUCUAAACCAAAAUCUAGACAUCUCUUUCAACGACAUCUUAAAAAUCUGGAAUGGUCUAAUUAAAUUUCAAAACUUCAUCAACAAUGGCCAACGACUAGAAUACCUCUCCUGGAGAAUCCUAAACAAAAACUUCAUAAACCAAAAGAACAAUAACGAUAACAAAAAAAAAAAAAAAUUCAAAUUCAAUCUAGAUCAAAACGACUUCAACUCAAUUCUCAAAAUAUCUGAAAAAAAUUCUGACUUCCUUUACCAACCCUCUAAAGACAAAGACAAAGAAAGAGAAAAAGAAAGAGAAAAAGAAAAAGAAAAAGAUAAAUCAAUCCCAAACCAUCCCUCUCACCCCCAAAGACCAAAAUUUAAACGUAACAACAGCUCCAAAUCUUCUCUCAAAUCAACCAAAUCAACCAAAUCUCUACAAAACUUAUCAAGAAACUCCUCUCAAAACUCAAUAUCAAUCUCACAACCAACUUCAAAUCCAAACUCAAAUCCAACUUCAAAUUCAAACUCACAAUCAAACUUAUCAAACUUAAAUCUACCCAUCAUAAACAACAAAUCUUUCACUCUAACAAAAUCAGAAGUUCACCACUUUUCAAAACUAAUAAACAAUCUCGAUGACUCAAAAAAGGAUCUUCCCUUCUCUUCUAAAAAUCAACUAAAAAAUCUGCAAAAGUUUCAACAAAAAUAUCAAAAAUUUCAACAAAAUAAUAACGAUAAUAAUGAUAAUAAUGAUAAUAAUAAUAACGAUAACAAUAAUAAUAACAAUAAUAAAAAUAAUAAAAAUAUCCAAAUUAACCAAAAUCUAAUUACUUCUUCCAAAAAUGAUUACAUACAGCGUAGCGCCAUCUUUGAUAUAAUGAAUUAUCAACCUCAAAAGAAUAAACUCAAUAGAACUGUAUCCUAUGAUGGCUUUUCAAAUCAAAAUUUCUAUUCAAAUGAUAAUAAUGAUAACAAUAGAAACAACAGUAAUAAUAAUAAUAACAGUGUUAAUAAUAAUAAUAACGGUAAUAAUAAUAACAUCAACAAUAUCAACAAUAAUAUAACCGCCAAUAUAUCUCAAAAUUUGGUCCAAAAUUUAUCUCAAAAUUUAAACGUCAACACAAAGGAUUCAAUUAUAUACCUCUCAAAAUUAAAUAGAAGCAAAAGUCUUGCCAAUGUCAAAACUUUCCAAAAAAUCCCCUUGAAUUACAACAAAAUCAGCAACCCACCAAAUAUCAAAUCUGGUGCUCUCAAUUUUAAAAACCAGGUUGAAAAUGAAAUCAAAAUCGUUAAUCCAUCAAACAAAUCAAAUGAUGUCUUCAAAUUUCAGGACUUGAUCGAAGUAGAUGAAGAAGAAGACGACGAUGAUGACGAUGAUGAUGAAACUAUAAGUCCUGGCACUAUAUUGGAUUCAAGAAUUAAAUUCAAAAAGAAACAUUCAAAUUUAAAUAACAAUAAUAACCAAAUUCAAAAUAACUUUCAAAAAAAUUUCCAGAAUAAUCCCCAGAAUAAAAUUGCCGCUUUAAAUACAUCUUCAAAGAUUAGUCAAUAUCCUAAAAUUACAAAUAAUAAAUCAGUUUUUAAUAAUAAUAACAACAACAACAACAACAACUUGAAACUCUCGGUUAAUACCUUUAAAAGACCCAAUCCUCAUGACAAAUACAAUCUCAACAACGAGCCAAAUAAGGCAAAACUUACUAAAAAUCUCAAGUUUAACAACGAAAAAGUCAGCAUCUACAUUGAAGAUACAAAUCCUCAAACAGCUAACAAUCAAAAAAAUGAUAAAAAAAUAUUUUAUCUUGAAAGCUCUCCAUCUCCUGCUGAUUCAGAAUUAGCAAGUCCAAUUCAAACUUCUUUGAAACUCAUCUCAAACUUAUCCCAAAAUAAUAAACAAAUACAUUCUCAUUCUCCCUUGCAAAAUGUAUCAACUAUUCAAAAUUAUAAUCAAAAUCAAAAUCAAAAAUUAUCACAUUUCCCUGAUAAACUAAAUAAUAUCAAUCUAUCUCCAAACACUAGAGGCAACAAAUUAAACUUAUUGUUCAAUAACCAUCCUACGUUAACAGAUACUACCAACAACAAACAUAAUCAAUAUAACUCAAUUUCAGAAGUCAUUGACAGAAAUGAUCCAGCUAGAGAGUAUAAAGAAUAUACAAAGGAAAUCGAUGAUGAUUCUUCUAACGAUGAAGAUGUUAAAUUAACACCAUAUAAUAAUGUCAUUAGUAAUAAUAACAAAAGUAAUAACAAUAGUAAUAUCAAUACUAACAAUAAUGAUAACAACAAUGAUAACAACAACAAAAACAACAAUAAUAAUAAUAAUAAUAAUAAUAACAAAAGAAAUAGCACAGUCAGUGAAAAAUCUGAUUUUUCAAGCUCGCUUUUAUCUCAUAACACUAGAAACAAUAAACUGCCCACUCUUAAUUCAAAACAAGCAAAUCUAAAGGCUCCUCAAGAAUCAUUAUUCAUGAACCAACAGAGAUCUACACAUGGAAAUAGUACAGUUAUUUAUUCAGACGAUUCAUUUUCGGAUGAAGAUGACGAUGACGAUGAUGAUGAAGACGGUGUAUGGUGCUCAGUAUCUGGUAGUGAUGAAGAUGAAGAUGAUGAUGAUCAAUCUGAUAGUCUCAAUAGGAACAACGCACCUAGAUCAAGCUUCAAUGAGGUAUUUCAAAGAACAAAUAGCACCUGUAGUACCAAUCAAGAAACUAAGGUAUCAUUAUUAUCCCAAAAAUUACUUCACAGAAACACAAUUGACAACGGGUAUUUUACCUCUAAUAAUAACUUGAUUCGUAAUCCUUAUAAUUUCAGAAGAUCACAAGUUGAUGACUCAGUUUACCAGACUUCAGGAAAUAAUCUUUCAAAUGCUACAUUAUCUUCAAAUGUUUCCAGCAAUAGCGAAAAUAAUGGCAACAAACCCAGAUUAUUACAUAGAUCAUCAACAAGCACGACAUUGAUCAAUGGAGGUAACUAUGGCACUGGGAUGCAAAUAUUAGAGUUUUCUACAGUUCAACCUUCAACAAGUAUUAAUACUAAAAUUACAACCGGAGUUUUAGAUACUCCGUUUACAGAUCCAGAUCAAUUAACAAAAAAAUUAAAAAGAUCUAAGUCAUCAUCAUCAACAUCAUCUAUUGGACAGCUAUUUCGUCAAAGUUCUUUUAAUAAAUUGUUUCGUCUCAAUUCAUCUACUAAUAUUGCUGCAAGUGCCCAAAAUAUUCUUCUGAAUUAUAGUGGUGGUGGUAAUAAUUCAAAUGAUAGCAAAAAUAAUUCCAAAGAUGAAAAGCAGGAACAAAACUUUUUUACUUCAUUUGGAUUGAAAAAAAGUGCAUCUGCAGUAACAAACGAAUUGCAAAAAAGAACAAAAACAGGUCAGGUUCCUGAAACAGUAAGAAAUUUAUUGCCAACUGCAUACACAUCUCAUAUGUUUCACCAACGACAAACUUCAGUAACAUUAUCAGCAAUCGAUGAAACAACUUCUCACAGUUCACAGGCUCCCGUUUUGGUUCCAGUUGCCGUUAAUAAUCUUAAUAAUAAACCCGAACAACUGAGUAAGAGUGAAGGACAAAAUAAAAAUGACAGUGAUGACGAUAAUGAAGAGUUUUUCAAUAGGGAAAAAAUUGAAAAUCGAUAUAGAAAUGGAAUUAACACAAUAGCAUUUAAAAAGCGGAGCAUAAUUGAUGAUCCUCGAUUGCCAAGUAGUGUUAAGCAAACAUUGAUUAUGGGCCUUGAAAAGGAUAAAGCGAAAAUUGAUUUUCAUUUAAAAACACUUGAUAGUGAGGUUAAUCUAAAUCAAAUAUAUCAAAAAUGGGACUAUGAUAGCUACCGUGAUAGAGUAUGGUGAUUAUGAUGAUGAAUUGUAUUAUAAUUUUUUAAUUCAUUAUAAAUUUUCUAAUUUAUGUUUUCUUUUUAUUUU